UGAUAUAGGAUGGCCCGUCAGGCUACAAUUCACCCAGAGCUCUUGACAUUUCAUUGAAUUAUUCACCAAUCAGUACUGUGCACUAAACUUGGCAAGGAAAUGAAAGAGAUCAUGGAUUCGGUGACAAAACUGGUAAAUUUUGUUCGGGAGAAAUCUAGUCUGCAACACCGCAUUUUCAGAGCAUUGUUGGAGGAAAUGUCAGCGGAGCACACAGACCUUCUGCUACAUAACGAUGUUCGCUGGCUUAGCAAAGGCCGUGUGUUGGAGCGGGUGUGUGACCUGCACGAUGAGCUUGUGUCCUUUCUCUCCAACCUAAAGAGCCCAAAAGCACUUGAAUUCCACGUGUUUUUAAGUGACGAGAAGAUGGCAUGUGUGUUUUUUUUGAGUGACAUCAUGUCUCAUCUGAAUCACCUUAACCUUCAACUACAAGGCAAGAAUCAUACUGUUGCAGACAUGUACGAGGCUACUGAAGCAUUCCAGGCAAAGCUGGGCCUUUUGGAGAGAGACAUUCGUGGAAGAAAGUUGCACUUUCCUCGUUUACGGCAGCACUGUGAGAAGAACAACAUGUGGGAGAAUCCAGCAAUGACGCAAUUUGUGUCCAAUUUGGCAGAAAACUUCAAGGAACGAUUUGAAAACUGCCGUAAACUGUCAAAUGACAUCCUUCUCUUUCUGAGACAGCCGUUCUCUGUGUCACCUGAUGGCCAGUGAACAUCAGAGGCCAAAAAGCUGCUGCCUUCUACAGAUGAACCAACGCUUCAGAUGGAGGUCUUGGAAUUGAAAACUUCUGAUGUGCUUAAAGCACAACACAAGGAAACAGGAUUGACUGAAUUUUGGAUCAACAUUGAUCAAGAAAGAUUCAAAAACAGCAGAAGAGUCGCCAUGCUCCUUCUAACGAUAUUCCCCUCCACAUAUAUAUGUGAAUCCUCUUUUUCUGCGAUGAACUGUCGAAAAAACCAAGCAAGAAACAAACUUUCAGAUGUGCACCUUGGCCAGUGUUUGAAGAUUGCCACAACUGGAUAUACACCUGACUUUAGGAAGAUGGCCUUAUCCAGUCACUAUCAUUUCUCACACUGAUUGGCCUGCUCACACACACAGCCCCUCCCCUCCGUGCACACCGCGUCUGUCUCCAUGAAAACGACAUCCUUGGAAGCAGAGAAGACGGCUGGCGAAAUUCACAAGCUCACGAAAGGCAUUGAAGAAAGAGUAGGAGAGGAGGACAGCAUCCAACAUGCCGCUGUGAGAGAGCCAGCUGAAGCAACAGAUAGGACUUUGGCAACAUCCAAAAGCACUAAACACAGGGGCACUGGAUUCAACCCUGAGUGGUUGAACAUGCCUCAGUUCAAGUCAUGGUUGUACCACACACAGCAUGAUUGACCAAAGGAAUAAUUACAGAUCUCAUCGAAUAAUUGAUGAGAUGCUUGAGAUUUUAUCUCAUGAAAUUGAGGAGCCUAUUCUGAUGGCCAUAAGAUCAUCACAGGCAAUUAGUCUGGGAAUAGAUGAAAGCACAGAUGUGUCUGUGUCCAGGCAGCUUGAUCUGCAUGUCAGAUACAUGGAUAAAGAGGGAAAGACAUUUAAUCAAUUUCUGGAUCUUGUCACUGUUCCGGAUGGAAAAGCAUUGUGUCAGCUGUUAAACAAGUGCUAUUAGACAAAGGUAUCCCAACAGAGAGGCUGCAUGGGCUCGGGACUGAUGGGGCAGCCGUAAUGACAGGGCGUGUGAAUGGGGUGGGAAAGCAGCUAACAGACUGCUUCCCCAAACUUGUGACCGUGGCCUGUGCUGCCCACAGACUGGCCCUUGCCUGCAAAAAUUCGUCAAAUAACGUAAAAUACAUGGCUACUUUCAGGGACCACCUUCAGGACCUCUACUUAUAUUUCAGCAAUAGUGCAAACCGUACUGCCACUCUGAAGGCUGCAUCCACUACCCUGGGUGUCAGUGACUUAAAGCUAAAGGAAGUGAAAGACACACGCUGGCUCUCACAGCACAAGGCUAUUGAGACGCUACAGAGGAACCUGAGUGCUGUCCUUGGAGCGUUGGCAGUGGAGGCAGAGGUGCGCAAAUGUCCUGGGGCAAAGGGGCUCUACACAUUCUGUGCUAUGUACAGAUUUGUGGCUGCCGUAUACCUCCAGGCCGAUGUUUUGCCCCACCUCGCCUGCCUGUCCAAAGUCUUUCAGAAAGCACAUGUAAACUUUUUACAUAUAAAAGAGCAGACUCUCAGAGACAUCAAAGAGGCUGGACAAACUCCACUCCCUGGAUCUUUCUUGUCUCGCCUCCACCAGGACCUUGGUGAUCCCCAAGGACUUGGAGCUUAUGAUAUCCAGCAUGAGGAGGAGAGGGAUAAGAGAGGGCGAGAGGUCCGAGAUGAGUCAAGGGAGGGACAUUGGGCCAGAUUCCAGCGAGAGGUCAUUCACCCUUACAUAACUAGCCUGGAAACAAAUCUGGAGAAGAGAUUCCAUAAUCUGGACAUCCUUGGAGCCUUCCAUGUCUUGGGGCCACAAUCAGCUGCUCUAACAGACAAUACAAUGAACAUCUCUCAUCUGCAGACUCUUUCCAGGAAAUGUUGUCCUCAGCAUGAGAAGGAAGUCAUUCAGGAGUGGCUCUCGUUCAAGAACCAUGUCCUUACUGGGAUAUUCAAGAACAAGAACCAGGAGGAGCUCUUGAGUUUACUGGCAAGUGAGUUUGAUGAGUGGGCCAACCUCUACCCCUGCCUGAGCCUUCUUGCAAGCAUUGCUCUGGUUAUCCCUGUUUCCUCUGUAAACUGUGAACGGGAUUUCUCAACAAUGAAAAGGUAAAAACAGACCUCAGGAAUAAACUCCAGGGAGAACACCUGGCAGCUUGCCUGAGGAUCUCUAUCAAUGGACCCUGUCCUGAGGCCUUUCCAUAUGAUAGGGCAUUGGAAUCUUUUUUUAGCAAGCCCCGUAAAAUCAGGUGCCCUGAUAAAAGUUGCCGACUUUGCGGUAGGCUGUAUAAACAGUAGGCUGUUUAUACCAAAUGUAGUAUAGGGUGUGAAAUUUGUACAGCUGUGGGAUUUGUAUAGGGUGUUAGAUGUGUAGAUUUUUGGUCUGGUGUGUGGAUUUUGUAGAGGUAAGGAAAUUUGAAUGGGGUGUGAGUUUUGUGUAGGGUGUUAAAUUUAAUGUAAUAAAGUUUUGUGUAACCAAUUAUUAAUGAAUUAAUGAAGGAAUUCUUCGUCUCCCCCGGUCAAACCCUAAAUACUGUGCCUGAUUAAGUAAUUAGACACAGGUGUGCUGAGCAGCAAAGCAGGGAGACAGGAGAUGCAGUAGGUCAACAGCAAAACAUGGAAUGGAGUUGACCACCUGGGAAUGGAGCACCUUAAAAGUGCAGCCAUUCAGGUAGAUACAGGAAAACCCGGCUCAGGAUCUGGAAGGUCCUGGAUGAUUCGUGGCAGCACCCCCCCUCCUACGGACAGCACCGGGCGGUCUAGACAGGGCCUCUGGGUUCCGACGAUGAAAAUCUUUGAUCAUGGUUCGAACCAAGAUGAAGCGCACUGAAACCCAGCUUCUCUCCUUUGGUCCGUACCCUCUACAGUCUACUAGGUACUGUAAGCCACGACAACGUCGACGGACCUUCAGCAGCUCCUUAACUGUAAAGGUCUCACCACCAUCGAUGAUCUUAGGUGCUGGUGGAGCCUUGGUGGGAGGAGAAAGAGGACUGGAGACAAGGGGUCAUAACUAGGACACAUGGAAAGACGGGUGAACACGUCUCAUGGACCGGGGCAGACAUAACCGAACAGUGUUAGGAUUUAUGAUUUUAGAAAUAGUGAAAGGGCCCACAAACCUUGGAGCCAGCUUACGUGACGUAACUUGAAGGGGUAGGUUUGCUGUACUAAGCAUUACUCUUUGACCUGGCUGGUAGACAGGAGCAGGAGUCUGCCGCUGAUCUGCUUUUCUAUUUAUCGCCUGUGAUGCUCUCAAGAGAUGAUGCCCGGCCCGUAUCGAUAUUCUGCGACAGCGGCGAAUAAAAGCUUGAGCAGAUGGGACAGACACAUCCUUCUCCUGAGUGGGAAACAGGGGUGGCAGGCUGUUGUGAGCAUACUCUAUCCAGGGUAACAUCUGGCUCCAAGAAGAAGUAUUCUCAGACACCAUGCACCGCAAGGCCACCUCCAGCUCCUGGUUUGCACGUUCAGUCUGACCGUUGGUCUGUGGGUGAUAGCCUGAAGAUAAACUGGGUCUAGCCCCAAUAAGUUUACAGAAAUCCCUCCAAAAAAGUGCUGAAAACUGAGGACCCCUAUCCGAUACAAUAUCAACAGGUAAUCCAUGAAUGGUCUCACCUGGUCCUGGAUCCUGAGCGAGAGACCGCUAAACUACAGUCUCUAUAUCCAGCUGAGCUGCAGCCACUAAGCAGUGACGAGGGAGAAUAGUCUCAGCCUGGUCCAGUGGAGUAUCAGGAGCGAACUGUCGGGACAGGG